ACAUUGCAUUUUUGAAUCUUUCAUGUGGGGCUGCCACAAAAAUGUGUUGCAUCCAGUAGGGCUAGAAGUAGUGACAGUCAGUGCAAUUUUGUUUUGAAGUAGAUGCUAAACAUCUACGGUAAAGCUGAAGGAUCCGCCUUGAUCGUUUCCAAAACUGUACUGUGUUGAUAAUUUCCAUAGAUAUACAGUCUGUAGCGCUUCCGUAUAAACGAGAGACAAAGCAUUGAUAGCUAGCGUCAAAGAAGUCAAUCAUACCAUUUCACGUUUUUCUAGAGUUAGUUUUCUCGCUGUUGGAUGCGAUCUCCAUAAUCAGAAGUUUGUUGUUCAACGCAAGUAAGCAGCAAACUCCACAGAGGAGAAAGACUUACAGGAGCACAUGAAUACACAGCUCUGUAUUGUGAAGUACUAAUUUGUAGCCUUCUACCAUGUCAGCCAACAGUGUACAUCCUGCUCCUCCAUAUGGCCAGCCAUCAGCCAUGCCAGGACAAGGUCCUAUGCCCAAUCAGAUUCAAAUGAUGCCAGUUCCACCAAGACCUGCUGGCUGCCCUCCAGGACUUGAGUACUUGGCCCAGAUUGAUCAGCUUCUUGUUCACCAGAAAGUUGAGCUAGCUGAAGUAAUACUGGGCUGGGAGACAAAUAAUAAGUACGUUGUGAAGAACAGUAUGGGUCAGCAGGUGUUUUAUGUGGCUGAGGAGAACGACUGCUGUACCAGGCAGUGCUGUGGACCGCUGCGCUCAUUUGUCCUUCAUAUUCAGGAUAACAGUGGGCAGGAAGUCAUGACACUUACACGCCCUUUGAGGUGCGGGAGCUGCUGUUGCCCCUGUUGCCUACAAGAGCUUGAAAUCCAGUCUCCGCCAGGCAACCCGAUUGGAUAUGUGAUCCAGAACUGGCAUCCUUUCAUUCCUAAGUUUACCAUACAGAAUGAGAAGCGAGAAGCAGUUCUGAAGAUAGUGGGACCGUGCUGCUCCUGCAAAUGUUGCUCUGAUGUGAACUUUGAGGUGCUGUCCAUGGAUGAGUCAACGCAGGUGGGCCGAAUCUCCAAACAGUGGACGGGUCUGGUGAAAGAAGCUUUCACUGAUGCAGACAAUUUUGGAAUCAACUUUCCUUUGGAUUUGGACGUGAAGAUCAAAGCUGCUCUUUUUGGAGCAUGUUUUCUCAUAGACUUCAUGUUCUUUGAACAUAGUGAAUAACUCAUACAUUACUGCAUUUAAUGUUUCUUUCAUUUUGCAAUUUCAGAUGUUAUCGAUUGAUCAAAAUAAAAAGGAAUUAUGCAAGUAUAAUGUUGUUUUUUUUGUAGACAUUUUUAUUUGUAGACUGACGUCAACAUUAUAUUAUGUACUGUACUCUUAUGAUACCACCACUAGGUGGCAGCAGUUACUUUUACAAAAAUACUGGCAGUUCUUAAACAUAACCUAAUCUGGAAACAUUUGCAAACAAGCUAUACUUGCUUUUUAAUUUGACUUAUGUCUUUUAAUUAUUAUCAACAUAAUUCAUUCUAUAAAUGUUUAUAUCUCUGUGUAUAUAAAAUACUUUUGCUAACACCGUCUGAUGUAUCUCAAUGUUUUUAGAAAAUUAUUGCUUGAAAUAUUUGAAUUUACAUAAAUCCCUUAACAUGAAAAGAAAUAAAUGAAAUUGUAAUAUUAUU